AUGUGCAUUUUUUGUAUUUUGGGAAUAGCAAUCUUUUUGUGGUUACUACACAUCUACAUGACUGGAGGUGUAUGCAAAAUCAAAAAGAAUCUCAGCGGCAAAGUUGUCUUCAUAACUGGGGCCAACACUGGCAUUGGCAAGGAAACAGCACUUUAAUUGGGAACUAUGGGUGCUACCAUUGUGAUUGCCUGUCGAGAUACUAUUAAGGGAUAAGCAGUGUUGGAUGAAUUGAAUAAACUAACCAAAGCUUUCAUGAUAAAAUUGGAUUUAUCCUGUCUCAAUUCUGUAAAAUAAAGCGUAGAGGAUUUUAAGAAGCUGAAUAUCCCAUAGAUCGAUAUCUUGAUUAAUAACGCUGGUGUGAUGGCUCCUCAAACAUAUAAGACCACGAAACAGUCUUAUGAACUUUAAUUUGGUACCAAUCACUUAGGUCAUUUCUUGUUGACUGAGCUAUUGGUUCCUUAUUUGAAAGUUGCCUAAUAAAGUAGAUUGGUCAAUGUAGCAUCCUUAGCUCAUAAGCACUCCAAGUUGGAUUUCUAAGACAUCAAUUGUUCACAAUAUGCCAAUUCUAAACUAUGGCCAAUCAAAUACAAUCUCUAAGCCUAUGGAAACAGUAAACUAUGCAAUAUCCUCCACGCAAUGGAAGUUUCUAAAAGACAUGGAAUCAAGGGUUGUUCUUUACAUCCUGGAGUAGUUCGAACAGAAUUAGUCAGAGAGAUUGUAGGAAAUCCAAUAUUGAACAUCGUAUUCAAAUUAGUUACUCCCAUUUAUUUUAUAUUCACUAAGAGUUGUUUACAGGGAGCUUAGACCACCUUAUAAUGUGCUUUAGAAGAUUAUGAUAAAUUAGUUGAUGGAGGAUACUAUUCAGAUUGCAAGAUAAAACAACCAUUAUUUGCAAAUAAGCAAUUAGCCGAGAAGUUAUGGGAAUUCUCCACUGAGAAAUUGAAACCCUAUCUGUAAAAAUGAAAGUGAGUGUAUAAAUAAUAAAAAUAAUAUAUUAAUCAAUUAUGGAUAA